CCGCCACUCUCUCCUUAAAUACCAACGCACCUUUCUCCCUUCCCUCCUCAGGAGUCAGAACUCAGAACUCAGAACUCAGAACUCAGAACUCAGAACACAAACCCUUCUCUUUCCACACUCACCAAUGCCUUCGCUCGCACUUUCCCUCAUCGCCAUUGCUUUCAUAACCCUCCUCACUCCUUCGGAGGGGAGAAUCCCGGGAGUCUACAGCGGCGGCGCGUGGGAGAGCGCGCACGCCACGUUCUACGGGGGGAGCGACGCCUCGGGGACAAUGGGAGGCGCCUGCGGCUACGGGAACCUCUACAGCCAGGGCUAUGGCGUCAACACGGCGGCGCUCAGCACGGCGCUCUUCAACAACGGGCUGAGCUGCGGUGCGUGCUUCGAGAUAAAGUGCGCCGACGACCCCAGCUGGUGCCACGCCGGCAGCCCCUCGAUACUGAUAACCGCCACCAACUUCUGCCCUCCAAACUACGCUCUCCCCAGCGACAAUGGAGGCUGGUGCAACCCUCCCAGACCCCACUUCGACCUCGCCAUGCCCAUGUUCCUCAAAAUAGCACAGUACCGCGCCGGCAUCGUCCCUGUUUCUUACCGCAGGGUACCUUGCCGGAAGCAGGGAGGGAUAAGGUUCACGAUCAACGGCUUCCGUUACUUCAACUUGGUUUUGAUCACGAACGUGGCGGGUGCAGGGGAUAUCGUGAGGACGAGCGUGAAAGGGUCAAAGACUGGGUGGAUGAGCAUGAGCCGGAACUGGGGUCAGAACUGGCAGUCAAACGCUGUUCUGGUUGGUCAGUCACUUUCCUUCAGGGUCACAGCCAGUGACCGACGCACCUCCACCUCCUGGAACAUUGUUCCCGCCAGUUGGCAAUUUGGACAAACCUUCACCGGCAAAAAUUUCAGGGUCUAAUCAUGUUUCUUCGUUCCUUUUUCUCGAAAGAAAAAAGGAUCACCUCUAUGUAGUUUUGAAUUUACCUUGGGAUGUGGAUAUAAGGGAAAAAAAUUGGAGAGAAAGUUAAGUAAGUGGUGUUAGUGAUUAGUGAACUUUUUUGACUUUUUUCUUCUUUGUCUUGUCUUGAAUGUGAAAUUGUCAUUGUCUUGGUAUACGAGUUUGAAGUUUUAUAGUAGGAUUCGAGAAAAAUGGAGGGAAGGGGCUGAAGUGGCUUCAAAUGCAUGAGCCCGCAGCUAUGUUUCUUAUAUAUUUAUAUAGUAUGAAAAGAUCAAGUAUGUUUAUCUUGUUC